ACUUCCAAUUGAUGCCCCUUCCCCCGUCCGGCCAAUUGCCGAAACCGCAUUGCAACGUGCUCAUGGCACAAUUGCGGGAUUACUUGCACACUGCAGUACCAACUCCGUUGAUGGACGCCGAAGUAGAGGUUGUCAACCUUCACGACUACGUUGCGAAGAUCGAUCCCGAGUUCAAGACACAACGGUACGACGACAUCGUCGCGCCAUUGUUGUACAUACGCAUUCAGAUCGGAGAGGCGACCUGCAGCGCUUUGAUCGAUUGCGGAGCUACUCGCAACUACAUGAGCCAAGACUUUAUGGUACGCGCUGGCCUUGGGCCACGCGUUCGGAGGAAGUCGCAGCCCACGCAAGUCACGUUGGCCGACGGUCACAUGCACAAGUCAAUCGACCGGUGCAUUGAUGUCGUCCCCGUGUACUUUGCCCCGCAUGCAAGCGAGGCCGUGUCCUUCGACAUUUUGGACACCAAGUUCGACAUGAUGUUGGGCAUGUCAUGGCUACGAAGUGAGGAUCACCCGGUGAACUUCUACCGCCGCACUGUUCACGUUCGUGACCGGAGCGGAGUACUAGUCCCAUGCACGGUGCCUCCUCCUCACCCUUCGAUCAGCUGCCACGUGGUGUCCGCCACAAGCAUUCGAGCUUCCAUCAUCAGGGAUGACAUCGAGGAGAUGGGGGUGUGUUUUCUCCACGCCUUUCCGUCCCAUGACAUUCCAUCGACGAACUCAUCACCGAACCCACGCAUCACCGAGCUUCUCGACGCCUACGACAAUGUGUUCGAAGCCCAGCACGGAGUAGUACCGGAUCGGCCCAUCCGCCACGAGAUCAUCCUCGAGGCCGGGGCCGUACCUCCGCGUGGUUGCAUCUACCGCAUGAGCGAGGAAGAGUUAAGUGUGCUACGGGCACAACUCGACGACCUUCUCGAGAAAGGCUGGAUUCGGCCUAGCUCUUCACCAUACGGAGCUCCCGUUCUCAUGGCCCGGAAGAAGAACAAGGAUUUGCGGUUGUGCAUCGAUUAUCGCAAACUCAACGCACAAAUCGUCAAGAACGCCGACCCUCUUCCGCGCAUCGACGACCUCCUCGAACGGCUGGGCGGCGCCAAGUUCUUCUCCAAGCUUGACCUCAAAUCGGGAUAUCACCAACUCGAGAUCUGGCAGGAGGACCGCUACAAGACUGAUCUGUGGGAUCUCAGCGAUUUCUCGAAGAUUUGCGAUUUUGCAGAAGCACGGCGAACCGCGGCAAACAGCUGGGAUUUAGGAUGGGUCGAUUACUGUGUUCGUUGUGAAUAUAAUGCCGGAUCGGGACUGCUUUCGUUGAUUGGCGGAACUCAGAAUGGGACAGCUGGCAUCUUUCCUAUUCAAGUAAUUCCACCACCGCCAGAAUGUCCUGGCAUGCCGGGAAGGGGAGCAUUUGAACGAUGUUCGCAUAUCCUUUCUGGAGGACACAUGGGAAUAGUACGGUCAUUUGUCAGUCAAAGAGGGGCAUCAGCUGGGGGAAGCUCCUUGUAUUGCUCAGGGUUCACCGCAGGAGGAGAUCCUAGUCAUUUGGUGGGAUGGACAGGGGGAGAGGAUAGUAGGAUAUGUGCUUGGUCCUAUGUGCCAGUUCCAAGAGGGAACUGUGUCGGGGGCCCUAUCUCAAGAAAAUUGAGCAAUUCUCCGAACCAUGAUCAGAGAACUCAGCCAUAUCGCCGAAGCAUGGGGCAACCACGCAGUGAAGCACAAGGCAACACCACCAAGACAACGACACUGCCAGAGAUGACAGGGCAAGCGGACGAGCAGCAGAGCAACCAUGCCGUGAAGCACAAGGCAACAUCAACAAGGCAACCGGACUACAAGGCACGCAAGCAAAGGACACGGAAGGCAUGGCCAGGGGAAGGGCUGCAAGGCAGCAGAGAAGCGACCCGCAAGGCAACACCACAACCCGUCCACAACACACAGCAAAGACAGCAGCUUGUCAAGAACGACCUGCCAAGAAAGUGGAACGAGCAGCAAGGCAGUGGUGGAGCGCAGACGAGGCAGUCCACACAUCCAACACGGAGCAAAGCGGCAAAUCACCUACUCACAUCAUGGCUACAGGCUGACGAAGCGGCAGCAGCAGAGAAGCUUCGGCUACAGGCCGAAGCAGACGCAGAUGCCCAGGCUCGCCGCAAGGAAGCCCAGGAUCUGCUGCAGCGGCAUGAAGCCAACAGCAUCGACAGACUCAGGUUUUGGCACUUUGAACCGAAUGGCGACGAGGCAACACCGAAAGAGCAGCAUAAGGAGUUCAUGGCCAAGCUAGUGACCAGGACUUGGAACAAGUUCCGCCAAGACCAGAUGCUGGGGCUUCCAGCAGUGCAUCCUCUAGCCGCCAACUGGAGGGCAAUGCUCGGCAACAUCAGCACCUUCGCUGCGCCGACCACCAUCAGCAGUCAGCUGCUGCAUACCUUGAAGACCGAGUUCCAGCAGCUGCAGUCAACGAAUACGGAUGGCAAUCCAAAGUUGUACAAGAUGCCAACUUUCCAACUGGACAGGUUCGACGACUACACGCAGCAGGAUCCGGUCCUUUGGUGGGAAGCAUUCAGAACGCAACUCAGGAUUCUGCCCGUCGCCAAGCACUCGUACAUCGGUGCCCUGUUCAUGAACUCAAAGGGCGGAUGCCAGACCUGGUUGACCGACCUGGCAACCUCCCACGACGUCGACAUACCGGACUUGAAGGACAAAAUCACAUGGGAGGAACUGACACGGUUGUGGAAGAAGCGGUUCAUCGUGGACGACGCGCUAGCACUCGCCAUCAACCGUUUGUUAACCAUGUCCUGUGCUGCAUUGAGUCAGGCUCUUGGUGAUCGCGAGCAGUACUUAACCUUCGCGGAGAUCAUUGACAAGGCGAGGGAAAUCAUCAAGACCAACAGGUCAGUUGCACACGAGAAAGUCAACAUGGCAGCCGACCUAUGUGGAGAAGAUCGAAGAGGCGACCUAGAACGCCUUGAUCGAUUGCGGAGCAUCUCGCAACUACAUCAGCCAGGACUUCAUGGCCCACGCGUCCGGAGGAAGUCCCAGCUUACACAAGUCACGUUGGCGGACGGUCACACGCACAAGUCAAUCGACCGGUGCAUUGACAACGUCCCAGUGUACUUUGCCCCUCACGCAAGUGAGGCGGUGUCCUUUGACAUUCUGGACACCAAAUUUGACAUGAUCUUGGGCAUGUCAUGGUUGCGAAGCGAGGAUCACCCGGUGAACUUCUUCCACCGCACCGUUCACAUUCGUGAUCGGAACGGAGUACUAGUUCCAUGCACGGUGCCUCUUCCUCAUCCUUCGAUCAACUGCCACGUGGUAUCCGCCGCAAGCAUGCGAGCUUCCAUCAUUAGAGACGACAUCGAGGAGAUGGGGGGGUGUUUUCUCCAUGCCCUCCCGCCCCAUGACGCUUCAUCGACGGACUCACCUUCGGAUACACGCAUCACUGAGCUUCUCGACGCCUACAGCGACGUGUUCGAAGGCCCACACGGAGUAGUACCGGAUCAACCCAUCCGCCACGAGAUCAUCCUCGAGGACGGGGCCGUACCUCCGCGCGGUUGCAUCUACCGAAUGAGCGAGGAAGAGUUAAGUGUGCUUCGGGCACAACUCGACGACCUUCUGGAGAAAGGAUGGAUUUGGCCUAGCUCAUCGCCAUACGGUGCUCCUGUUCUCUUCGUCCGGAAGAAGAACAAGGAUCUGCGGUUGUGCAUCGAUUAUCGUAAGUACAACGCGCAGACGAUCAGAAACGCCGACCCUCUCCCACGCAUCGACGAUCUUCUCGAGCGAUUGGGCGGCGCCCAGUUUUUCUCCAAGUUGGACCUCAAGUCGGGAUAUCACCAACUCGAGAUUCGAAAGGAGGACCGUUACAAGACCGCGUUUAAGACGCGAUAUGGGCAUUUCAAAUGGCUGGUUAUGCCAUUUGACCUUACGAAUGCCCCGGCCACUUUCGAAGCGACUAUGACAACGGAGUUCCGACACAUGCUGGAUCGUUUCGUACUUAUCUACCUCGACGACAUUCUGGUUUACAGCCGGAGUCUGGAGGAGCAUGUGGAACACCUGCGUACCGUUUUGGAGCGGCUAGGACAAGCCAAGUACAAAGCCAACCGCGACAAGUGCGAAUUCGCGCGGCAGGAGCUGGAGUAAUUGGGCCAUUACGUUACGCCGCAAGGCAUCCGUCCGCCUGCGGACAAGA